GAGCCACUAUUGCACAUAUUCGGGGUGCCAAUGCUAUAGCUAUAACAGGUGCGGUCGCUUCUUUCCUAAAUGUUCCACUAGGACUUACAGGUGCACAAAUUAUCCCUGCUCGAAAUGUUGCUGAAGAUUGGACAAUAGCAGGAGGUCGUCCAACUAAUGCUAUACCAGUUGCACCAAAUGCUAGGAGAGGAGUUCCUAUUAUUCUAGCAGGAAUGCGAUCUGGACAAAGACUUUGGUGA